UAUUGGAACUUUGUUUUGACUUGACAAUAUUUCCUCCUGGGUAAACAUUCCUGUGUGGUGAUCAUACGUUUCCUACUUUUAAUUUAAGUAAUUCGGGCAGAGAGACUUAAGUACACUUCAGAUCAAACGUCACUUGAAUAUUUCAGCAAUUGCAUGAAAAAGUCAGAAGAUGACCACUCGUCCCCGCCCAGUAACUGCAACAGUGACGAAGCCAAGAUGGAUGGCGAUGCCCGAUGCAGAUGCUAUUGCUCGGGCACGGAGACAUUCCCUUGGCUCCACCGGCUCCACAGCAUCUCUGGUGUCUGUUCUGGACCAUGACAGCUAUAUGAGUGUACCUAGUGACUCUGAGCUGGAGGCACCAAAAGUUCAACUUAGUAAACGUUCACCAAGAAAGACAAAAGGGGCCAAUGAGGUUACAGUGAGGAAGACAGCUGUGGAAGAUGGGAGAAAGAAGUCAUCCGAUUCCAUGGAGAAUGGCCUGUCACCAUGGGAAGUCUGGCUAAUAACCAAGACGCAGGAGGAGAGGAAACUCCGACAACAGGAAAUACAAAGAAAAAAACAAGAAAAAUUGAAGAAAACUGAAGAAGCAAAAGAGAAGGAAAAGAAGCAGAACAAAACUGAAGGUGUCUUGAAAGAAUGGAUUGAAAGAAAGAAGAAUGAAGAAAUGCUGAGGAGGGGAAUGGAAAAGCUGAAAACUCGAAGUGAGAAACAACAGAAAGAAAAAACCCAAAUCAAUAUCCAACAAAAAGCAGCUGAAAACUUUGUGUUGUGGAAAAAGCAAAAGUCUGAAGAAGAACGAGAGAAAAAGAAAAGUGAUAAACUGAAAAAACUACAAGAAGAAGAAGAGAAGAGACAGAAGGCUGAUAAGGCGGAGAAGCGGUAUAAGGAAUGGUGCAAGAAUGCAGACAGAAGACCCAAGUCUGCACCCAACAGCUUUGGCUACAUGGAAGGAAAGCUGAAAGGUUACCAUGACACAGCAGCGUACCCAACUCCAUCCUUCUACAAUCCACUACCAUGGCAACCCAUACACAUACCUCGAGUGAAGAAUGAAAAGCCAAAGAAGUCAAAGCCAAAGAAAUAUGUCUGGAAUCCAAAUAAGUAUUACUGAGCAGAUAUGUGUAUAUAUCUUCUGUUAUUUAAUUUGAUUUGUUUAUUUGUUUUGAGACAGGAGGUAUCUGUGAUAUGGCAGUUCACUAAGAAAGAUCAUACUGAAUCUCUUAUCACAAUGUUGCUAGUUAUCACUGUGGAUGUGAGGACUCAAGUAGAAAUAUCUUAUCAGACUCAAAUACGUCUGUUGUAAAUAUCAUACCUUGAAGCUGCACUAUUUGCCAUUUGUAUUAUCAGUUCAGACUAAUAUAUAUUUUUGUUUUUAUUAAUGGUAGUUUUUGUUUUCAGUCUUAGUAAUUGCUACAAACAGGAAUGUACAAAACUUUCAUGGUAUGAUAAGGUAGUUGUUGUAUGGAGGAACUUGUUUCUUGUAGUUUGUAGAAAACAGAUGUUCCUGAUUUCAUUUGUAUGAAUCUGAUUUAUUAUGCAGACUUGGAUUGCAUUGUUUUGUGUUGAGACUUGACAUAUAUAUGUUUGUAUAUUCCGUCCAUUUCGUUGAUUUCUUUCUUUGUAUGUUCUGUCUCAGACAGAAAUCUCUCUUCCCAGUCAUAGAUGUCAUACCCUUUUGUAACUGCCUGUACUCUUGCAUACAAACAGUUGUGUCAGGUUCCUGACCUUGUAUUACUGAUAUCACCGUGUUCACGAAUAGUGCCUGACUCUCUGACAAAUCCGGCAGAUUCGCCAACUGUCCGAUAGAACUGUACAACCCGCUGGCCCCAGUGUCUGACUGUAUAUUUCACAAUGACUUUGACUGAAGUUGUUAUAUGUGACAUAUCACAUUUGUUUGUUGUUCUUAAAUCGGAUGUUUGUUAAUUUCAAUGCCAGUUAUAAGAAAUGUUAAAUCUGUAAUGUGUAUUUAAUUUUAUUCUAUGGGUCCUGUGAAUUUUCAAUGGGUCAGACAGACAUCUGAAACUUACAGGACCCAAUG